AUGAACAGGAUGAAAAUGAAGAAAGCCGAGGUUCUCCGAGGCUUACCUGGGGGGCAGAAGAACAUCUCUGCCUUCUUUUCCUCCCAGAACCUAAAGGUACCACUGUCCUUAUCCACCACGGGUGCUGUCCAGCCCAAGACUGAGCCUCCAGUCAAAGAUGGUGAAAGCUCUCUGUUCAGACUCCAUUCCCCAUUAAAGAGGAGUGUCCUUGGGGACCUUAAAAACCUCCUUCCCUCCUCACCAGAUCUUCUACUCUCUGUGCCUGAGACGCCAAACAGUCAAAUCAGGCAUACCUGCUCGCCAUCCUUUAAGAAGGACUUCAGCAGGAAGGAGGUGUGCCUGGCAAACCUCGGCCAGCUGUCUCCUGUCUGUCGCAGUCCCCGCUCCAAAGGGCCAAAUUUACGGAGAGUAAUGGCUAAGGAUGGAGGAAAAGCCAAGAGGGAAGAUAGAUGGUCUGGCUCCAUGAAAAGGCUGUUCAGCCCUCCUGAAGAGUCACAUGAUGCCAAGAGACCAAGAACUACCAGCCCAUUGACCACAGGAGCAGUGAUUAUGAGUAGAAGCCUGAAAGAAAGAAAUUCUAUAACUGAGCCAGAGAAAACACCCUCCUUACCCACUGAACGUUCAGCAGGUUGUUAUGACAGGUCUGUGGGUCACAGUCAAGGCACUGAAUUUAUCUUAAAUGAUGGUAGACGCGCAAUAAUAUCAGUGCAGUCUGUGUCUUCCCUCUCUUUGGUCCAAGAGAAGAAACCUCAGCAAGAACAUGAUGAGCAAGAUUCUGGUUUUACUUUGAUAACGGAGCAGACAGCAGCUGAGGCCAAAACCAGCAGAAAGCUACACACUAGUGUGGAAAAGGACACUCCUAAUGCACAUGUGCAUGAAACCAGUGCUCAAGCUAUCACACCUGCACUGCACGGAGGUUCAAUGGAGAGAGAGGUUCACCCAAACGUAAAAGAGACCACAAGAACAUCGAAGAAGGUUGGAGGUGGAGACCAAAAAACACAGGAUCAGGAGCAAAAUGGCGGUAUGACCUGCUCUCUCGUUUUCACAUAG